GGCUCUUCAAGGCCCCCAAAGCACUGCCAAGGUCCGCCCCUCUCGCACCGCCCGGGGAUGACGUCACCGACCAAGGUCUCUAAUGACGUCAUCUCCGGACAGUCUUGGCUCCAUCCUCCCCUUCUCCGGAAACCUACAACUCACGGCACCCGGCCUUCAGCUUUCGGAACUAUGGAGGCCGCGCCCGGGACCCCCCCGCCGCCGCCAUCAGAGUCGCCGCCGCCGCCAUCGCCUCCGCCGCCAUCAACGCCUUCGCCUCCUCCGUGUUCCCCCGACGCCUGCCCGGCCACCCCGCACCUCCUCCACCACCGCCUCCCGCUCCCUGACGACAGGGAAGAUGGUGAGUUGGAAGAAGGUGAACUGGAAGAUGACGGGGCCGAGGAGACCCAGGACACCUCUGGAGGGCCCGAGAGGAGCCGGAAGGAGAAGGGGGAGAAGCACCAUAGCGAUUCCGACGACGAGAAGUCUCACAGGAGACUGAAGCGGAAACGGAAGAAAGAGCGGGAGAAGGAGAAGAGGAGGUCGAAGAAGAGGAGGAAAUCCAAGCACAAACGUCACGCUUCCUCCAGCGAUGACUUCUCCGACUUCUCGGAUGACUCGGAUUUCAGCCCCAGCGAGAAAGGGCACCGCAAGUACAGAGAGUACAGCCCCCCGUACGCGCCGUCCCACCAGCAGUACCCUCCGUCACACAAUGCGCCGUUGCCCAAGAAGGCCUACUCCAAGAUGGACAGCAAAGGCUACGGCAUGUACGAAGACUACGAGAACGAGCAGUACGGGGAGUAUGAGGGCGACGAGGAGGAGGACAUGGGCAAGGAGGACUACGAUGACUUCACCAAAGAGCUGAACCAGUACCGGCGCGCCAAGGAGGGCAGCAGCCGGGCCCGAGGCAGCCGAGGCCGCGGCAGGGGCUACCGGGGCCGAGGAAGUCGAGGAGGGUCUCGAGGCCGAGGCAUGGGCAGGGGCAGCCGAGGCAGGGGCAGAGGCUCCGUGGGAGGAGACCACCCGGAGGACGAAGAGGACUUCUAUGAGGAGGAGAUGGAAUAUGGAGAAAGUGAGGAGCCAAUGGGAGACGAGGACUACGACGAAUAUUCCAAGGAGCUGAACCAGUACCGCCGGUCCAAGGAUGGCCGAGGACGAGGGUUAAGUCGAGGCCGGGGCCGGGGUUCCCGAGGUCGAGGGAAAGGGAUGGGCCGGGGCCGUGGUCGAGGCGGCAGCCGUGGAGGGAUGAACAAGGGCGGCAUGAACGAUGACGAAGACUUCUAUGACGACGACAUGGGCGACGGCGGCGGAAGCUACCGGAGGAGUGACCAUGACAAGUUCCACCAGCAGUCUGACAAGAAAGGCAAAGCCAUCUGCAAAUACUUCGUGGAAGGGCGGUGCACGUGGGGAGACCACUGUAACUUUAGCCAUGACAUCGAGCUACCAAAGAAGCGAGAGCUGUGCAAGUUUUACAUCACCGGGUUCUGUGCCAGAGCAGAGAACUGCCCCUAUAUGCACGGUGAUUUUCCGUGUAAGUUGUACCACACCACUGGGAACUGCAUCAAUGGCGACGACUGCAUGUUCUCCCACGACCCUCUGACUGAAGAGACGAGAGAGCUCUUGGACAAGAUGUUGGCGGAUGACGCGGAGGCAGGCGCCGAGGACGAGAAGGAGGUGGAGGAACUGAAGAAGCAGGGCAUCAACCCCCUGCCCAAACCGCCCCCCGGCGUGGGCCUCCUGCCCACCCCCCCUCGUCCCCCGGGCCCCCCGGCCCCGACCUCUCCAAACGGCAGGCCCAUGCAGGGCGGGCCCCCGCCCCCACCCCCGCCCCCGCCCCCUGGGCCCCCUCAGAUGCCCAUGCCCGUGCACGAGCCGCUGUCCCCACAGCAGCUGCAGCAGCAGCAGGACAUGUACAACAAGAAGAUCCCCUCCUUGUUUGAGAUCGUGGUGCGGCCCACAGGACAGCUGGCGGAGAAGCUGGGCGUGAGGUUUCCUGGACCCGGAGGACCCUCUGGGCCAAUGGGCCCCGGGCCCAACAUGGGACCCCCAGGGCCAAUGGGGGGCCCGAUGCACCCUGACAUGCAUCCUGACAUGCAUCCGGACAUGCACCCCGACAUGCACCCAGACAUGCACCCCGACAUGCCGAUGGGCCCCGGCAUGAACCCUGGCCCGCCCAUGGGACCCGGCGGUCCCCCAAUGAUGCCCUAUGGUCCCGGAGACUCCCCACAUUCUGGAAUGAUGCCCCCCAUCCCGCCAGCCCAGAACUUCUAUGAAAACUUUUACCAGCAGCAGGAGGGCAUGGAAAUGGAGCCGGGACUCGUCGGAGACGCAGAGGACUACGGGCACUACGAAGAGCUGCCGGGGGAGCCUGGGGAGCACCUCUUCCCCGAGCACCCUCUGGAGCCUGACAGCUUCUCUGAGGGAGGGCCCCCAGGCCGGCCGAAGCCGGGCGCCGGUGUCCCCGACUUCCUGCCCUCGGCCCAGAGGGCCCUGUACCUGAGGAUCCAGCAGAAGCAGCAGGAGGAGGAGGAGAGAGCAAGGAGGCUGGCUGAGAGCAGCAAGCAGGACCGAGAGAAUGAGGAAGGUGACACUGGAAACUGGUACUCGAGUGACGAGGACGAAGGUGGGAGCAGCGUCACCUCCAUCCUCAAGACCCUGAGGCAGCAGACGUCUAGCCGACCCCAGGUGUCCCUGGGAGACCUGAACAACAGCGGGCUUGGGGACCCCCGCCUUCAGAAGGGACACCCCACGGGAGGCCGGCUGGCUGACCCCCGCCUCAGCCGGGACCCUAGACUCACCCGCCACGCAGAGGCUUCUGGUGGUUCGGGCCCAGGUGACACUGGGCUCUCUGACCCUCGUCUGGCUCGCUCCCUGCCCACCUCCAAGCCCGAAGGCAGCCUUCAUUCCAGCCCCGCAGGCCCUAGCGGCUCCAAGGGGUCUGGGCCACCCCCUACAGAAGAAGAGGAAGGGGAACGGGCCCUGCGGGAGAAGGCCGUAAACAUUCCCCUGGACCCCCUCCCCGGGCACCCGCUUCGGGACCCGAGAUCGCAGCUGCAGCAGUUCAGCCACAUCAAGAAGGAUGUGACCCUGAGCAAGCCGAGCUUCGCCCGCACUGUGCUCUGGAACCCUGAGGACCUGAUCCCCCUGCCCAUCCCCAAGCAGGACUCGGUGCCCCCUGUCCCCGCCGCCCUGCAGUCCAUGCCUGCCCUGGAUCCCAGGCUGCACCGGGCCACCACCACAGGACCCCCCAACCCCCGGCCGCGCCCCGGCACCUCCACAGACCCUGGCACAUCUGGCUCCACCCUGCCUGACUUUGAGCUCCUCUCCCGAAUCCUCAAGACUGUCAAUGCCACCGGCCCUUCGGCGGCCCCCAGCCCCAGCGACAAGCCCAGUGACCCCCGGGUGCGGAAGGCCCCUACCGACCCUCGGCUGCAGAAACCAGCAGACUCUGCUGCCGCCUCCCGGGCUGCCAAGCCUGGCCCCACCGAAGCGCCCUGUCCUUCUGCCAGCCCCAGUGGGGAGUCCUCGCCCCCAGCCACCGCCCCCUACGACCCCCGCGUGUUGGCGGCCGGGGGGCUGGGCCAGGGCAGCGCAAGCGGGCAGAGCAGCGUGCUGAGCGGCAUCAGCCUCUACGACCCCAGGACUCCCCAUGCGGGUGGCAAAGCCUCGGAGCCGGCUGCCGACUCGGGUGCCCAGCCCAAGGGCCCUGAGGGCAACGGCAGGAGCUCGGCCGCCAAGGCCAAGGAGCCCCCGUUCGUCCGCAGGUCAGCCCUGGAACAGCCCGAGGCGGGGAAGGCCGGCGCCGACGGGGGCACGGCCGCGGCCACGGACAGAUACAACAGUUACAACCGGCCCCGGCCCAAGGCCGCCGCAGCCCCCGCCGCCGCGGGCACCCCGCCCCCGGAAGGCGCCGCGCCCCAGCCCGGGGUGCACAACCUGCCCGUGCCCACCCUCUUCGGGACCGUGAAACAGGCGCCCAAGACGGGCUCCGGAAGUCCGUUCGCUGGCAACAGCCCAGCCCGCGAGGGCGAGCAGGACGCGGGGUCCCUGAAAGAUGUGUUUAAAGGCUUCGACCCCACGGCCUCCCCCUUCUGCCAGUAGUGUUAGCUGGAGCCGGGCGCUCCCCGCACCCACCCUUCUGGGGUUAUAUUUAAGGGCGGCGACCAGAGUUGGGAACUGGGGCGGGGGCCUCUGGGUGUUCUUUCUUUUAUUUUUACCUUUCUUUCUCUCUGUCUCUCUUUUUUUUUAAGUAGUACUUUCUUUGACACAUAAAUUGUAUAUAACCAUCUUCAGUUCUGGUCAGUGCUGCGGGGCCCCCGGGCCCCCGCCGAGAAGACUCCUGUGCACGUGAACAGUGUGAAGCCCUUGGGCCUCGGCCCCAGCUGGCACUCCGCCUGGCCAGGCCCGAUUUUCAGGGACUCCCUGAAAGCUGGGGCCCCAGUCUGGUGGCUGGGGGUCCGGUGGGUUUUCUAGGCAAAGCUGGGCCCCUCCUGCUCCCCCCGCCCCCCAAGGACAAA